AUGGAGCAUGCUGCUGUGGCAUCAGCUGCAGUCGUCUUGAAUAUACCAGUGAUAACCAGCAUGGUGUUGCGGAAUCUACCGGCAAAAUCGCUCAACGCAUGCUCCAGAGUCUGUAAAACCUGGAAUAUGAUUGCCAAAACAGUAAAACAGAGGCGCAAGAGUAUGUCCUGUUUUUUUGUGGGUUAUGAAGAAGGGGAAAUCUUGGAUGGGUUAGCUGCUGUGAUAAUGUCUACAGUACAGGAUCUGAUGAUAGAACCAAGUGUUCUUUUUAUGUAUUGUACGUCACAAUUGUAUGAGCAACAACUCACUCUGCCGACACGUCAUCACAUGAGACACCCACGUGCCUCCAAGUGUAUGCUGAGUAGUGUGGGUGAUCUUGUGAGGAAAGUGCUGCCAAAGAAGUGUAAGCUGCUGGCUGCUUCAUCUGAUGGCAUUGUGGGUACUAGUAAAGAUCUGAAGAAGACCACUGAGGUGGAGGGUGAGCUGGCUCUGUCUUGUCUCUUUCUACCGCAUGUGGAGGACGUGGAAUUUUUCACUUUUAAUGUAGACAUAUACAGUUACGCAAAUCAAAUGGAUGAAACACAUUCUGGUUUAACAUAUCUGACAGGACUCAGCACUGUGCCUAGCGACAAGGAUGUGAAAGCAGUGUUUUUCUUUUGUGAUGAGCCAUUUUGUCCCCCAGAGAUCGGUUACACUUUAUUACAAAUGUACGACAAUGCUGUAAUAGCUGGUGGCUAUGUAGACAACCUCAUAACCUCUGACCCCAACCCUCAUGAUGAUGCCAGCGAGUCUGGCUCAGCAUCUCUGAUGUGUGUAGCACUGUGUGGACCCCAGGUGAAGGUGAGAUCUGUGGUGAUUAAGGAGGAUAUCCACACACCUGAGGAAGUGGAGAGAGUACUAAAGCAGCUCAAGGACUGUAACCUGCCAGAGGAAAGGAGUUAUGCCUUUAUGUUUGCUUGUCUUGGACGAGGCAAGGGUCACUAUGGCUGUGAAAAUGUGGAAUCAUCAGUUUUCAGGAAAAUGUUUCCAAAGACCCCACUACUUGGUUUUUUCGGCAAUGGUGAAAUCGGCUUUAACUUCCUGCAGAAAUAUCAGAAUGAGGCCCCAGACACAACAUGUGAUAAUUUUCAAUCCAAUCCAACACAUGGUAACUCUGUCAGGAGUGCCCGCAUUCUGGAAGGGAUGAAAAAACCUCUCCCCAAGCUCUACCAUGCAUACACCACCAUUAUAUGUAUGGUGUCAGUAGUUUGACAGAAAAUUUCCUAGACUUUUCUGUGACCAGCACUAUUGGUGCUUAACUGGUACUGCUGCAACAACUGAUGGUGCUUUAAUAAGUAUAACACUAAAAGUGGUACUUUACAUUAUUUUGUACAACUUUCUGUGACCAGCUCUAGAGAUAUUUUUGUGGUAAGACACCCUAAUUAUGUCAUGUGUUACAAAUUAGUGCCAAUAUCAGCUGUGUGGUAUUAGGAAUCAGUGAUGUAAUGCUGUAACCACUAUCAGUUGUAAGGGCUGGAUUGCUGUUAAGCUUAUUACAUUGACUCUGGGACCAACAAGGAUAUUACAGUACCCUCUAAUGGGCUUCAUUGUGUGUAGUUUGAUCUGUGAACUGUAUAAUGAUCUAGUUACUUAAAUACAACUGUAGAUGGUUGACUUAGUCAUAAAACCUUAAAAGCCAAAUAUGUGAUUUAUUUUUUUAAACAAGGUGAACUAUUAUAAUUACUUGUAUGGAGAGCAACAAUUUUAAAACAUUUUGUAAGCAAGAUGAAAACCAAACACAGUAUUUGGUUCCUUAAGGAACCUCAGAUUACUGAUGGCUUGCUUUUUAAGUAAUUUAUUAAUUUUCUGUUGAUGUGAACUUUGUUUUGAUAUGCAGAGUACACGAAGUAUUCUUUUAAAAAAAUUACAUGUGAAAAUAUUGAUGGU